AAGAUGCGAAUAAUCAGAGAAGACAACCAAAUUCAAAGAUUCAGUUUUGCAAUUGUACUUCCUUAAGAAAACUAGAAAGCGUCAGGAGGGUCCCAGAAAACCAGAAAGCUUUCUACUCUAGAAGAAUUUGCAUUCGUCUGAUUCAUUGCAUUUGGCCAUCAAAAUGAGGUGGUUCUUCUUCUCCGCCGCGGUCGCCGCCGUCGCUAUCUUACUUCUCUUCCUCAUCUGCCCCUCUUUCGUCGCCCGGGAUCAUCAGAAUCCUCCUCCACUCCCAGGAGUUAGCAUUGAAAGGCCGGUGUUACCGGUCACCCCUAGCCCCCUUUCUGGUCAUUCAGCUACUUAUGAUGGUGGUGUUCAAAACACUUUAAGAUGUGCGCGUGUUCCCGUCUAUGGCAUCUCAAGAUUGAAUCUUCUGAGCUAUGCUAGUUCGUUCCAUAUUUCUGUGGCUCACUCGGCUGCAAUCUCAGAGAAGUUACAUAGCCAAACUCAUGUUUGUCUACAUAGGGACAUUUCACUUGGAUUGUGUGAGUGCCAAAAGGAUGAAUGGGAGAGUGUGCAGAAGGGGAUCUGGAGUGCUGUUAUGUCACCCUACGAAACCAGAUAUGUUGAUGUCAGGAUCAAUGGUCAAAUACCAGAUUCUGUUACAAUUGCUCUUGAAGAAGAUCUUCAGGAUUGGUCUCUUACUAGUCUUCUACUUGGAUUGGCAUUGCUGUUCGCUCCAAUUAUUACCAGUCGGGUUCCAUUUUGCCACAGCAGUUCAUUGGUUACAGUGAUCUUUCCUGUCAUUGUAAUUCAACUAUUUGAGGUUGCUAUUUUUGUAAUCCUGAGCAUCAUCUUGGCUGGAGCUGCUUUAGUUUACUCAGUUGUUAGUAGGUUUGUUUUUUCAGAACAAGAUGGUACUAAGGCUGCUGGGGUUGCUCGGUUUGUGAUACUGAAGUGGGAAAUGCGCAUCAUAGGAUCCACCUUUAUUUUUCAGAGUACUAUUGAUCCUCCUUUAGCAAAAGGAACCUUGGCCUCUUUUGCAGUUGUUUAUAUUGUUGUUAAGUGUCUUAGUGUAUGGUAAGUUUGACUUCUCUUUUGUUUAUUAUUAUUAUUAAGAUAAAUGAUUUUUAUUGGAUACCACUCCUAUAUUUGCUUCAAUUGUGGUUACUACUGCACUCCAAAGAGGUUUUCAUAUCUUUUUUCUCUUGGUCUUUUUGGUUUCUAUUUAUUAUUUAUUUAUUGGUCUUGAUGUAAAAGAU